AUGAAGAUCAGAAAAAAUGUGAAUUGGAUAGCAGCGCUGUGCACGCUGUGUGCCGCUCUUGCAGCGGCCACAGGCACAGCGUCAGGACACCGGCACACUGUACAGUGUGCCGGUGAUUGUCAGGAGGCGCUGGCUCUGUCCAGCAGCCUCCUGGAGGACAGGCGGGACCUCGAGCACGAGGUAGCCCGCCUGACGGAAGCACUGGAGGACGCCCAGCAGGGCAACCUCAGGCUGAGUGCCAAACACUCAGACGUCCUGGGGGAGCACCUGAGCGCGCUCCUGCGCCAGGAGCAGUUGACUCUGCACCACCAGCACGAGGACCUGCGACAAGAGCACGCGGCCCUGCUUGACAAGCAUGCGGCCCUGCUCGAGGAGCAUGAGUCCCUGCAGGGGGUGCAUGAGACCCUGCGAACCGUCCAUGCUGGUCUUGUAAAGGACCAGCGUGACCUUGAGGCCGCCCAAGGCGGCCUCAAGAAGAGCUACCGGAGCGUGCGGCGCGAGCUGCACAGUCUCCGGCAGCAACACGACAGCCUGAGGCAGGACCACCUCCGGCUGCAGGCUAUCAAGGAAAGCCUGCUAGAUGACGUGGACGAGAUGGCCGGCCUGAACCACCAGAUGGUCGAGGCCGUCUCCGUCAUCAGAGACGAUUGGAAGAAAACAGAAGAGGCCAGAAAACACCUUAUGGAGUCUCUUCUGUUGAAGACUGCUAUGGAUAAAAGAAGGGCCCUGACAGAGGCCGAAGAGAAGUAUGGAAGGCUGAUGGAAGAAAAGAAUGCACUGGAAGAAGAACUGAUUGAGGCUAAGAAGAAUUACAGACAGGCAGUGCAAGACGACGAGACUCACGAAGAGACAGAGAAGCGUCCCCAGGACCAAGAAGGCGGCUUCCAUCAGCCGCAAAACAUGGUCCCUGGAGACGCAGCCAUGGAGUCUCAGGAAAGUAGCCAGCAAGCUGUUGAACACGCAGAAAGGCUUGCUAAUGCUGUGAAUGAGCAGUUGCUGGAACGUGCACGGUUAUUGCUAGAAGUGGAGGAAAAUAACACCAAGGCACAGGGACCUGAGAGAAACAUCGUAGCAUUGAAGCCUCGGGAAAGUAGCCAGCAAGCCUCUGAACACGCAGGAAGGCUUGCUAAUGCCGUGAAUGAACAGUUGCUGGAACGUGCACGGUUAUCGCUGGAAUUGGAGGAGAACAACACCAAGGCACGUAAAAGGAAACGUAAGAGAAACAUCGUAGCAUUGAAGCCUCGGGAAAGUAGCCAGCAAGCCUCUGAACACGCAGAAAGGCUUGCUAAUGCCGUGAAUGAACAGUUGAUGGAACGUGCACGGUUAUUGCUGGAAUUGGAUGAGAACAACACCAGAGAAGGACAGGAAACACAGAAAAAGAAACACAAAAGAAAGAUCAGGGAAAGGAAUGAGUUAUAAAUCGCCUGAGAGGCAAAAAAAAUACCUUUGUUUUGUUUGUUAGGACAUGGAGGUCAAGAUUUAUUUGUAAGGACAUGGAGGUCAAGAUUUAUUUGUAAGGACAUGGAGGUCAAGAUUUAUUUGUAAGGACAUGGAGGUCGCUGUUUUAUUUGUAAGGACAUGGAGGUCGCUGUUUUAUUUGUAUGAACUUGGAGGUCGCUGUUUUGUUUGUAUGAACUUGGAGGUCGCUGUUUUGUUUGUAUGACUUGGAGGUCGCUGUUUUAUUUGUAUGAACUUGGAGGUCGCUGUUUUGUUUGUAUGAACUUGGAGGUCGCUGUUUUGUUUGUAUGAACUUGGAGGUCGCUGUUUUAUUUGUAAGGACUUGGAGGUCAAGUUUUGUUUUCGUUUUCUCUUAUUAACACUGUGUACAACCAAUGUUUAUAUCCGCACACACUUCAGGAGCGAAGGUUUGCUUUCCUUCAGCGUGUCUCAGGCGUCCCACGAACACGUUGUGACCUUGAUCCGUAAGUCUGGCGACCUGGUGCAGAUGGUGGUGGUGACUCCAAGCCCCAUGAUCUCCUGCACGGCCCUCAAGCCUC